UAGACAGUAAAAGCUCUAAGCAAAAAUAUAUCUUUUAUAAAGGCUCAUCGUUUGAUGCUUGAACCUAAACAAACAAAAUCUAAAAACAAUCAUGCAUUCUGUGUUCUGCUGUCGUUCUUCCAUUUUUAUGAAAAUGCUUUGAAAUAGAAUCAUUAAUAUUAACUUUAAUCAUUAUAUUUGAGAAGAAAGAAAUAAUUAUAGUUUUUAUAAUGUUUGAGAAUAUAAAUAUUUAGUUCAAAAGAUUAAUAUUCAUUUAUUGUGAAAAUGAAUAGAAAAAUUAAAGCUGUCGCCGAUAAGAAAAAUUAUGGAAAUCAGCCGUCUAUUUCCAAGUUUUUUUCGGCAGAAUCCACUCCUAUAUCGCGAAGACGAAAGAUUGAUGAAACGCCAGAUAAUAUCCAAAAUGUACCAUUGAAAAAAAACCCAAAGCUACACCCUGAAGCAACUGCAUCUGAUUCUUCUUCAAAUUAUGAACUCACUGAAUCUACCAUUGCUCGAAUAAAAUCAUACUCAGCAAGAAAUAAUGUUGAAGGUCCAAGGAAAGCUGAAAUUGAAAAAUAUGAUGGAGUUCUAUCUGAAAAAAGUCCAUCACAUUGUAUGGUUGUUGCUCCAAAGAAACGUUCUUCAACUUUAGAAAAGGAAUCACAAAAUUGCUUCACGAAGGAUGUUAAAUACACUCCAUUGGAGAAACAAUAUUUAGAAUUUAAGCAUAAUUAUCCUGAUGCAAUAUUGCUGAUUGAAUGUGGUUACAAAUACAAGUUUUUUGACGAAGAUGCCGAAAUUGCAUCCAAAAUAUUGAAUAUUGCCUGCUUUCCAAAUCAUAACUUCAUGACUGCCAUAAUUCCUGUACAGCGCAUGUUUUACCACGUGAAAAAAUUGGUACUCAAAGGUUAUAAAGUUGGGGUCAUUAAACAAACAGAAACUGCCGCUUUAAAAGCUGCCAGUGACAAAAAGAAUGAACUCUUUUCUAGAGAGCUUUAUGCACUUUACACUAGAACUACUUUGAUUGGUGAAGAAUUUCAAACUCUUGAAGGUGAUAGUGAUUUAGACAAUAAGGAAGUAUAUGAUGCUGAUAUAAACUCAAGAUGUCUGGUAUGUGUCUUUGAGACUUCUUCAAAAGAUAGAAAAGGAUGUCAAAUUAGUUUAGUGGGUGUAAACCCGUCUUCUGGUGAUUUAUGGUAUUCCUCAUUUGACGAUGAGCUGCCACUCAGGAACAGACUUGAAAGCUGUUUGCAUCAGUUGAGCCCUUCAGAAAUUUUAUUACCUUCUGAAAUCAGUAAAGAAACAGAUAGUCUCAUUAAUGGUUACUGUUAUGAGAGGUCAGCUAGACUGGAAAAAAUGAAAGCUAACUUUUUUGAAUUUUCAUCAGCAUUGGAAAAGGUUUCAAGGUUUUAUAAUCAAGCAGCUGUUUCUGAAGAAUCGCCUUCCAAAGAUAGUAUCAUGCAGAAAAUAUUAUCUCUUCCUUCUGGGAUAGUUUCCUGUUUGUCAGCUAUUGUUGAAUACUUAUCAAGCUUCAAACUGGAGAGCAUUAUGAAUAAUAUUAUAGACAUGAAACCAUUAGUAUGUGAAGAAUUCAUGGUUUUGACUGCAGCAACAUUAAAAGGUUUGGAAAUCAUGAGAAAUAACAUCUCCCAUUCAGAACAUGGAAGUCUUUUUUGGGUGUUGAAUAAAACCUUCACAAAAUUUGGUGAAAGAUUGCUAAAAUCAUGGAUUUCAAAGCCACUCAAGAAUAUAGGGGGGAUUGAGGAAAGGCUAGAUAUUUUGAGUGAGAUUCUGUAUUCAGAAACUGUUGUUUACAAAGCAGUUGGAAAACUGCUUAACAAGUUGCCAGAUUUAGAAAGGGUUCUUUGCUCAGUUUUUUAUCAAAAGUGCUCAUGUUGUGACUUUCUGAAGCUUACUGAAGCUCUUACAAAAAUUUACAUGGAGCUCAGUUCUAUAUCUGAUAAAAUAAAGAGUGAAAUCAAAGUACCUCGAAUUAAGCAUAUUCUCUCUGAUAUCACACGUUUGUUGAGUGAUGUGGAAAAGUAUUUGCUAAAUAUAGAUCCUGAAGCAGCAAAGACUGGUGACAAAACCAAAAUCUUUCGUGACUUAUCUAUGUUUCCUGAGUUGGAAAGAUGUAAAGAUGAAAUUUCCAAUUUGGAAGACAAGUUAAAUGAGUUGAAACCUGAUAUAUGUAAAACCUUAAGACUGAUAAGCAUUAAAUAUGCCACAGUUGCUGGGCAAAAGUUUUUAAUUGAAGUUCCUAAUAGUAAUUUGAGCCGUGUCCCAAAAGAUUGGAUAAAAGUUAGUGCGACAAAGCAGGUUUCUCGCUUUCGUUCUCCAGAAAUCAUUAAAUACUGCAAGCAACUAGAUCAACAAAAUGAGCUCUUGUUCAUGCAUGCAAAUGAAGCCUGGUGUAAAUAUCUAAAUGAGUUUGGAAAGAAUUUUUACAAGUACAAAAGGGCUAUAUCAUAUUUAGCUGAACUGGAUUGCUACCUAAGCUUUGCUCAAGUGUCAAGAGAAGAAAAAUUUUGCAGGCCUCACCUUUCUGAAACUGACAAUAGAAUAUUCAGUGUUGUUCAAGGUCGUCAUCCAGUAUUGACAAAACUUAUUGAAGAGAAGCAAUUUGUUGCCAAUGACAUCCUUAUGAAUUGCGCUAAUAAUUGUGUAAUUGUUACUGGUCCGAACAUGGGUGGAAAGAGUACAUAUGUGCGCCAAACUGCUUUAAUCGCUCUGAUGGCACACAUUGGCUGUUAUGUUCCUGCUGAUUCCGCAACAGUUCCUAUUUUUGAUAAUAUAUAUGUAAGAAUGGGAGCUGAUGAUGACCUUAUCAACAGAAAAAGUACUUUUAUGGUAGAAAUGUGUGAAGCUUCGGAAAUCUUGUGCUGUGCUACUUCCAAAUCUUUUGUAGUUCUUGAUGAAUUAGGUAGAGGUACUAGUACAAAUGAUGGAACAGCAGUUGCAUAUUCUGCCUUAAAGCAUCUAAUUAUUGACAUUGGAUGUUUAACUGUAUUUGUGACACAUUAUCCUGAAAUUCUUGAGCUUAAACAGCGGUUUCCUGAUAAAGUUUGUACUGUCACUAUGGCUUACAUUUUAAAAGACAAAAAUGAUGACAGUGAUAUAGACAGCGUUACCUUUCUCUUCAAUGUGAUCAGCGGAAUAAGUGACAAGAGUUACGGAAUUAAUGUUGCUGCUCUUGCGGGGAUCCCAAAACAUAUUUUAAAUGAAGCCCAUGAAAUCUCACAAAUUCGGAGGUUAAAAAUAGAUAUUUUAAGGAAGCUUAAACACUUGGCGACGAAGAUAGAACUAAACAAAUUCGCCAAUUCUGCGUCUUGAUAAUGAUGUAAAUUCCUUGUAAAUUUUGACUUUUUAAUUAUUGCAUAAAUGCUUUUAAUUUGAAAUGCAUGCUAAGUUAAUUUAAUAAAAAACUUAUAGUGCUUUCCUA